GAAGAGUCAUCUAGACAGAGUGGCCCUCACUGCUGCCGUUUCCUCCCUGCUCUUCACCUGUCAGCCUUAUUUCAACCACCUGGAGUCCAUCGGCCGGAGCAACACGUCGCUGUGCGCUCAUAUGCCAGCUGAUUAUUGUUCAAGGCUGUUGGACUUCUCUCAGCAGCUGUGUGAGCGCCUGGAGCAGCUGUUGCUGACCUACGCCAGCUAUGACCUCAUCAGUCUGGAUGAAGCCGACCCCAACAGCACGUCUCAUUUCUGCGUCGGUCAGCUUCAGCUGGGUCAGACCAAGCUGACCACCUUCCGCUACUGCAAGCCCACGCCGUAUCUGUCCCAGGUCGACACGGGAGUGCAGAAACGCAUGCGCUGGAACGUGGAGAGGUUCCCAGAGGACAGCGAGCAGGAAGAGACCCAAACCGACUAGUGAGUCUGGAUAUUUUUUUACUGAACAUCAGAGCCGGUCCCUGACGCUGCUCCUCUACCUUUCAGC